AUGCCUGUGUUCGUUAAACUAGCAUUGGCCUCCAAAAGAGACAGGAUCAAAUCCCUCUCCGCUCAGAAUUUGCGACAUGUCACCGACGACGGCUCAGAAAGAUCGACCAUUCAAAGGGGAUUUGGUGAUUAUGCUUUGGCACCAAAACUUACCACCAUCUUCAGCGGUCUCAGUCAAUUAGAGCUCUCCUUGUUCGCGAAACCUGUUACGACAUUGAACCUUCCUGGUGGUGCUGGUCGAUAGUAUGUCCUAUGUAUUCACCACUGCUCAUCAUUCUUCCAACCAGUUUAACUUUCAAAGAACCUUAGAAUUUGUUCCACGGCUAAUCGAGGUUGCACAGCUCUAAAAUUGUUUUCUCUGGUGAUCAUGAGACACAUGCGAUACGCGAAAAUAUUUUUGAGUACCUGGUAGAGCCUUUCAAGAAUGAAUCUGGAGCUAUUCAACUGAAAAUUCUCUAUGUUCGGCCAGAAGAAAGAGGAUGCCACCUAUCCAGGAGUGGAUACGAAAUAGUCAUUCCAUUUGAACUGGAUAGGAAGCCUAGCUUACGCCCAUGGCCACAAAAACGAAACGAUCAAACUACUAUUAUCCCACGACAUCAUUACGACACGAUUUUGGCUCUUUCCCAGGUAAAUUCCUAUUGGGUUGAAAGGGUAUUGGGUACUGAAGGUCAUGGAGAAUUGAUUGCAUUGUUAAAGGUAGCUAUCUAAGGUGUUUAUAUAAAGAGUGUAAGGUUUAGGCAGACAUGAAGCAUUUAGGCAGCAGAACUAUAAGUGGAUCAAAUAAGGAAGUGGAGCAAAAGAGAAAGUAGACCCAGCACAACAAUUCCUGCAUCCGAAAGGAGCUUGGUUCUCUCCUCUUCCACAAGGUGCAAAUGGAUGAAGGAGGUGUUGAAGAAGGAUUUCAAAGAGUUUACACUUACAAUCAACACAUCCAGCGCCAUUGCGAAGAGGAUACUAGCCAAGGGAAAGAAGAUUCCUUGGGCCAAAUGCCUGAGGGAGAUGCAUGUUGCCUCUCUGAAUGUUUUCGUAGGGCUUACGGACGACCCCCCAAUCAAUAAAAGUGGAGAGAAAGUGGGAGGCGCCCUGACACAGGAUAUUUGCUCAAAGUUUCGCGAUCUUCUAGGCGUCUACUCGAAUGACACCGUUUUUGGGAGACGCUUUCUGGUGGCUGCUGACACUCGCCCUCGAAGUGCAACCUUUACUAGUAGUGAUGGCUUCAUCAUUCUUAAUUUCCCUGAGGAUGAUUUGUAAGUGGCGAUUUCUCUUAUCACAACCCAAUAGCAAGGAGUGCCUGUCAACUUGAUUUUCAAAGUCUUUUAGAGUAAUUGAAUGCAAAGCUAAUUAACCGACAAACAGCAACGCGAUCGAUGUGAGUGGUCAUCAUAAUAUCGUUGGCAAUCGAGGAUCAAGGCUUCGUUUGAAUAUCACAUUCAGAACCCUUGACUUCAGCCCAAGAUUACCUAAACUCUUUCAAUUUCUCACGAGGAACCUCGUCAUAAGCGAGCUUCAUGUAGUGAUUUUGACAACCAAAAAAAUUGCCGAAUCAUUGAUUCGUGAUGCUUCCGGCAUUACAUGGAUUCAAUUGAUGAAGAAUUUGGCAAUUACAGAACACUUCUUUCUUCGAGUAGUCUUUCUCAGUCAAUGUGAAACUUGCGAGUUUUGCAAAGAUGAAGAGAUGAAUGAUCUCAUCCAUAAGCUCGUACCACAAUUGCGCAAGGCUCUGCUCCCAAGUUCAACUUGGAAGGAUUUACGUGCCAAUGAAAAACUUAUUUCAUCGCAAUGGUAUGCAGGUGGCGAUGGAGGAGCACAUUCACCACAAGAUCAAUCUACAUCGCUCUAACGCCAGUCCGGAUCCAAAAAUAAUAACCCGUCGCUCCACGAUGAGCUAACUGCUUCUGAAAAGGAUUGGCCUUCAGUCUCCACCCAGCAUCAAAACAAUAAAGGAGAUUCCAGAGUAGAGGAAAAGCAACAAGACGAAAUAUCACCCCCAUCGACCAAUCAUUCUCCUUCUCACUACACUGAUCAUUCCCGAGAUAUGAAGCAUCACCGUGGUGGGUCGAGAGUCCUUCAGACUAUAUUCGCGAUAAUGAAGAGCCAGAUGAGCUAGUACGCCCAAAGCCACUCAAAGACACCCAGUACCGGCCGGGACUAAGAAUCACUCCAGCAAAAGGAGAAUGGGACAAUGAGGAUGGAGAGGAUGGUGAAACUCAUUUUAGUGGCGGCGAAAACUCCAAUUCUCAAUAUCGUUCGUCUUUCGACAGCGAGGUCGGAAGUGCCACAAAAGAUGACGCAUAGCACUUAAAGGAUAUAACGAGCAGGAGCGAUACUCCUCUUGGGUCAAGCGAUCACUUACAGUGAUCACUUCAACUUUUUGAUGACCAGCCACACGAUUUAAAAGUCCCGAGAGGCACGAGCAGUCCCUAUCGACGGCUAGGAAAUCGAAUGAAAGGUGUCCUUUCUGCGGCUAGGUUUUACAUUGACCCCAGUGAUCGAUCCCAAAGCGACGGAUCUGAAUACACUCAACCUCCGAGACCUAGAAUCAACCCUUAUUUUGAUCGAUCUUAUAGCAAAAGAACCGAGUUCCCAGACGAGCCAGAUGAUCUGAUCCAAAGCGAUGGGUUCGAGUUCCCAGAUUCUCCAAAUUAUGGAAGUGGUACUCGAAUUAGACCACAAGAUCGACGUCAAAGCAACAUUUAUGAGGACGUAGACCUGGACCAGCCAUCAAUCACGAGAAAUGAAGGCACCUCUUAUAAUGAUGAUCAGUUACAAAACGGCUCUCAAUACUCACAUCAAGAGUUCGAUUUUAUCGAUUUGGACGAGGACUCUCGCACUGAGGAUACCACAAAGACCGAAAAGAGAUCUGGGAAGUUCAAGAGUAUGUUCAGAAGAGGUUCCAAGCAAUCCACACAGACUUCCCAAGACGAAUGUACAUUUGGUGAUGAAAGUGACGAUAGCGAUACCAGCAUAGGAGGUCAGCUUUUGAAUCAACAAUAUGAGUUGAAUCACAAGGGAAGGAGAGACCGACUCAAGGGAUUUUUUUCGGAAACCCAAAAUCCAGAAGUCGGAGUUUCAUAUACACUAGUUAUUGGUCUUCUGAGGAAUUUUGGGGGCAAUCUCAUGUGA